AUAUGGCCAGUUGAGUCAGAGCCGCCAAGUGGUAAAGUUCGCAGCGGUUCGGGCCAGAAGGAACGGAUACUCCCCGAUAUUCCCCCGUUUAAGCCAUGUUUCCACAAGCCGAGCUGGAGAACUACAAGCUGCAGGUAGAGCUGCUACAGGAGAAGCUGCAGCGCAGCGAGGAUAAUCGCCAGCAGCUGGAGCACAAGUUAGAUAAGGUCCUGCAGAAGCGCAGCGAGCUCGACAAGUCGGUGCGCCAUAAGACCCGCCAAAAGUACCAGGAGUUCCUGGAGGAGCAGGCCAAACGCAACGAGCGCAACAAAAAGCUGGUCCACAUGCUGGAGCGCAUCGAUGAGCAAACGGCUGCCAUGUCGCAACGAAGCGAGCGGCUUAAAAUGAUGAAGCUGCAGUACCAAAUGUACUUUGCGAAAUUGGUGCAGAAUCAAACAUUGCGAUGCAUCCAGCAGACGACGACGACGGCGGCGCCUCCAACCGCGGGCGGAAUGAUACCGGUGCUGGUGCAACCGCAGCCGCAGGUGACCAAUCCGCAGUCGACGCCCUGGACCUUUGCCAUGGCCACGCCCACGCAGGCGGGCAUGCUAUUGACGCCCCAGUUUGCCGCAGCAGGUCCUGUUCCUCCUGUUCCCCCAGCCCCCCAUCCCCCGCCACCCAUCCCAACUGGCCAUCCUGUUUACUAUCCAGAGCUCUUUGGCGGAACUGCAGCUCCCCUUGGCACCUCGAACCUGUUCGAUUUGCGCGCCUUUGAUAAUGAGAAUGCCGAUUUACCGGAGCGCAUGCAGCCCCACCUGACAGGUGAUUAUCAGGCGGAGCUGGGUGACAGGAUUCCGCCAGCAGCAGCGGCUGCGACACCCACAUCAACUGUAUCCUCCAACCAGGAGAAGGGUGCGCGACAACUGAGCAGCACUUCCUCAACGCUGGCCACAUCCUCGUUGACAUUUGAUAAAUUGCCAAAGACGUCGUCGCCAUCGCUGACGUUAACUGAGCUGCCGACUGCAGGAGCAGGAUCUGGAGCAGAGGCAGGAGCAGGAGCAGGAGAAACUUCUGGCCAGGAUGGGGGCGGGCAACCUCAGAGGGAUACGGGCGACCUGGAUGACUGGACAAAUUCACGCGUGACUAAAGUCGAGUAUGAAAAAUCACCAACUGUCGUCGGGCAUAAUGAGUCCGGCCAGCGACAUCAGCCGGAACAGCAGCAGCAGAUACGCCAGCAGCAACAUCAGCCCCAGCAGCAGCAGCAACAUCAAGAGGUACAGCAGGAAUAUCAACAGCCACAGCAGCAACUUCAACAGCCCCACGACUUUGAAGCAUACUUUGGUGAACUGAAAAUCGAUGAGUCCUGGCAGGAUGGCACACCCAAAGACAAACGCCCCUUAGGCGUGCGUUCCAGCGAGUCGGGAUCAGCGGUUAGUGGCAAAGUUGGCAUCAGCAACGAUUUGCUGGACGAAGUCAAAGCCAGUCGGGCGGCACUCGAAAGAGCAGCGGCUGCGGUUGAUGAGCAGUUGGCAAGGGGUAAUCAAUUGUCGCCGCCCAGGAGCCAGGAACCAGCAGUCAGCCAACCCAAAACCGGUGUGUCGAUUGAGAAUAUUGAAAAUGCCAUUUACGGCGAACGUUUGACAGGAGGAGGAGGGGCAGGACCUGGAGGAAGUGGAGCAACUGCGACAGCAGGCGAGUUGGCAACACCAACGCAGGGAUUUUUCGAAAAUUUGGUAACCAACACUUCGCCGGAGGAACUUCAGGAGGUGGAACAGCAACAGCAACAGCAACAGCCGCAGGAGCCGGAGGUUGCCGGGUACGGGCAAUACGAUGCCAGCAGUUACGGCGAUACCAGUGAGCCCAUCUAUGCCAGCAUCGAUUCCGCUGGCCUGCAACCAAACGCAAAAGUGGAGCCGCUUUACAGCGAAAUCGGAAAUCCCACAGACUAUCAGCCGUAUGCAGCGGAUGCGGGGGCAGUUGGCGAGGUUCCUCCCGAAAUUGCAGGUGCCACAGAGGCAACGGGAGAUACCACCAGUGGCGACGUCCUGCCGCAGGAGUACUCCAAUAUUGAUUACAGCAACUACGAGGCCGGUCAGUAUGAAUCCGGGUACGAUCCCAAUGCCUAUCCGGGCUACAUAUACGACGAGGCUACCGGGCAGUAUAUAGCCGAUCCCAAUGCCGCUCAAUAUGCGCCGGAUGGCAGCUAUGCCGGCCAGGAGUACGAUGCCAGUGCGGUGCAGAAUUAUGACUACAGUGCCUACGAACAGCAACCGGAUCAGCAGCAACAGCAACACGAGGAGUUGCCGGGACAGGAGCAACUGAUGCAGCAGCAGGAAACGUAUCCAGUGGGCGAAAAGGAGGCACCGGAAGUGGAUGAAAGUCCGGCUGUGGCGGCUGCUGCUCCACCGGAACCACCAGUCACCAAUAAACCCCUCAAACCCACAUCGAUACUCUCGACGACAGACAAACAAGCGGCGCCUAAUGAUGCGCAGCAACAGCAGCAGCAGCAGCUAAAGAAAAAGAAGCGCGUUAAUUUCGUUGACAGCAGCGAAACGGAUGAUAGCUCAAGCGCGAAACCGACCCCGAUCCUGGCCGCAAAUCCGGGACCCGCCGCACCAACCGCCCCCAAUUCAGCCACGCCCCCCGUGGGCGGUAGCGAGAGUGAUUUCGAUUUUUCAACCGGCAGUGAGGCGAAGAAUUAGAACAACGCUGAGAACAGUACGAGUUCUAAUUUGUUGCCAUUUGGGUUAACCAACCCACGCCCCAUUUCAAUGUGAACGACCGAUUCGAUUUAUUGCCAAUGCAUUCGGAAAAGUAUUCAGAAAAUCUAGGAAACAAAAAGAGAACUGAGUGGAAAAUGAAAAAAGGAUACAGCAAUAGCUAAAAAUAAGUUUUGUGGGGAAAAUGGCAAACCUCAAACCACACAAAUGUUGUUGCUUGCUUAGGUGUCGACAAACUAAUGAUACUCGUAUAAUUCAAU